AUGUCUUCCCAGCCAGUUACGGAGCCGCUACAAACGUACGAGAUAUCAGACUUUAAAUUCCACAAUGGCACUACGCUGCCCAAGCUGAAGCUGGCGUACAAGAUACUCAAUCCGCACAAUUCCAAAAUUGCAGUGGUGCACACCUGCUUCAAGGGACGCAUCGAUUCCACACUGACACAUGCGGAUGGGGCACUCAAGAACCACAAAAUCAUCCUCAUUGCACUCCUUGGCAAUGGCGAAUCGUCCAGUCCUUCAAAUACUCCCAACUUUCCCUCUCAGCUCGAAUAUAUGGACUGCAUCAGCGCCCAAUACACUCUUUUGACCAAAGAGCUAGGCAUCAGGGAAGUAGACGUGAUGUUGGGGUUCUCCAUGGGCGGCCAAAUCACGUACCACUGGGUAACAUCCUACCCAGACUUUGUCAAGCAUGCCGUCGUUGUGUGCUCCUCGGCCAAGACGAGCAGACACAACUACCAGUUUCUCGAGGGUCCCAAGGCAGCGUUGGAGAGCGCGGUCAGCCCUGAGCGAGGCAUCCGGGCGUUCGGCAAGGCGUAUUCAGCGUGGCUGACAAGUGCGGAGUGGUUUGAUGAGGAACGCUACAAGGAAAUGGGAUUCCAAACCCUUCGCGACUGGGACGACGUUAGCACUAUCCAGGGAUACGAGGGAUGGACUGGAGACGACCUGCUCGUCAUGUUGGGCAUGUGGCAGCGAGGAGAUGUUAGCCGGUGCACAGAAGCAAAGACGGAGGAAGAGGCGCUCAAGAGUAUCACGGCAAAAGUGUUGCUAAUGCCUUGUGAGACGGACCAGUACUUUAGGCCGUAUGUUAGUGAAAGGGAGAUUACGAAGCUGGCGAAUGGGUCGCUGGAGAUUAUCCCGAGCAUUUGGGGACAUAUCGCUGGUGGUGGGGCGAACCCGAAAGAUGUUGAGUGGAUGGACCAUAAAAUCAAGUUGUUCCUGCGAGGGCUAGCGUAG